CUUGGAAAAAAUGAAGAUUUUCAUUACUCUCCUCUUUAUCUUGGCCUUCAUCAUUCUGUCUACUGAAUCAACUUCGCGAUUAUCACGCGUUCAUCCGCUUGAUAGCCGAUCUUCUAAAAGAUCUCGCAUGAUUGACACUUCUGGUAUUGGACCACCUGGCAAUGGACUUCUUGGCAGUACAAAUGUUGGCAAUGGACUUCCUAGAAUUAGACUUUCUCUCAACGUACCUCCUCAAAGUAAUUUGAGCUUAAAAAAAUAUAAAUAUAAUUUUCCUCUGGAGAAUCAUAUUAAAUGGGAAAAAGAAUCUUUUGAUUUUGAAAAAGUUAUAGUAGGCCAGGAAUAUCCUGUAUAUGCAAAUAAUAAUGGUUAUAUAUACGGAAUUCCUAAUGGAGGUCGUAUUUGUAAAUUGGUUGGUCCAAAUACGCGACGGACAACAGUCAGCAUGGUGGAUCACCGAAGACACUCGUUUACCGACGUUUUCGGUCCUCAUUAGCAUGUCUACGCAUAUUGAUCCACAAAAGUAGCAUCAGAGAGAAACUGGGAGAAAGCGAUUUAUUAGGAAGCCCAACUAUGAGUAUGUGGCGCCUCUGCAGCCCAUGACGAGUAGCUGCGUCUGACUCACAACACGUCACGUAUAUGCAUUCUCGACACGCAGGCGCUUUUGGUGUGUUUUGAUUUUUUUCUUCAUAAAACAGUGUAAUCCCUUUUCAAGGGUGAAUAGGUACAUUAUAUCUCUCAGUGAUAAUACAGUUGCAGACGAGAAAAGUGCGAAUUGUGUUCAAAUGAGUUAAAAAUGUUUAUGUAAUUUUGACACUUUGCAGGUUAUGUUGUUAUUUUCUUCCCGAUAUUCCAUUAUUUUCUCUGCAAAAUAUUUACGUUUUAUAGGUUUUUUUUAUUUACUGAAACUAUAAACAAUUUUGGUUUUAAUUAUAGGUCUCUCUCCCUGUCUUCAGAUUUUGAACUAUAUCAAUAGAGAUUUCAAGAACGUUAAGUUCCGGCUACUUGACAGUAUAUUUCCCAAUGCCAAACUGAAAUUUAAUUUUUAUUUCGGAAUGUAUAUAUAUAUUCUCAAACAUGUAUCAAAUUUGUGUAUUUUUCUUCAUAACAUGAUAUACCCUCUUUUACAGGACUUUAAGUUCAGAGGUCGAACUUUCAAUUUGCUUAAAUUCCAAUUUAAAAAUACCCA